AUGAUAAAUAAUCCACUUAAAAAAGCAAUUAUUUAGUUGUUCUGCCCAUUUGGGUUAAGAGGGUCCAUAUACCAUUUCUCAUAUACAUAUAGAUAAAAAUCACACUCAUCAAGAUCUUCCUAUUAAGGAUCAUACAAUUAAAGAUCUAAUAUCUCAUUUGGCGAAUUUGCAAAACAUUGUGAGAUAUUGAAGCAAGAAUAACAAAGUGAUGUUCUAAAAAAAUUUAAUCUAAUACCUGAAGCCCCUAUUGAAGAUGUUAUGAAUUUUAUCAAAGCAAAUAAGAUUUAAGGAAAAGUGUUUAACAUUGCUUAGAAUUUUGAUUUUCUACCUCAAAACCUAUAAGAAGCCUUAAAAACAAAAAAUAUAACAUCUCCAUCUCCAAUCCAAUAAGCCAUAAUUCCAUUGAUUUUUGAUGGUCAUGAUGUAAUUGCAAUAGCUGAAACUGGAUCAGGAAAAACAUUAGCAUAUGCUUUACCUGGAAUAAUGCAUAUGUAAGCACAACCACCAAUCCUUGGCCCAAGAAUAUUGGUUAUGGCUCCGACUAGAGAACUAGCUUAAUAGAUUUAAACUUAAUAUGAUCUAUUCGUCAGAACUUGUUGUUUAUAUGGAGGAAUUCAAAAACCUUCAUAAUUUCCUGGUUUGUUAGGAAAAUCUAAUAGAUUUGCUAGACCAGAAACCCCUAAAGUAAUUAUUGCUACUCCUGGACGAUUGUUAGAUUUCAUUAACGAUGGCUUGCCUUUAAAAUCAAUUACAUAAGUAGUUUUGGAUGAAGCAGAUAGAAUGCUUGAUAUGGGUUUUGAAGAUUAAAUUCGAGAUGUCUUGAAAGAAGUUAGGAAAGAUAGAUAAACACUAUUCUUUAGUGCCACUUGGCCUAAAGAAGUUUAGAGAUUAGCAAAUAGUUUAUGUAACCAAGAUCCAAUCUUUUUACAAUUAGGCGAAAGAGGCUUAUCUGUCAAUAAAAAUAUCACUCAAAGUUUAAUAAUCUCUGGUGGAAAUAAGUUUGAUCAAUUAAUUGAAUACUUUAAUUAAAUAAAGGAUAAAAAGGUCUUGGUGUUUUGCCAAAAAAAAAUUGAUACUUAAAAGCUUGAAUAUAAAUUAUCAUAGCAUGGAGUCAAUGCUCGAUAUUUACAUGGGGAUUUAAAAUAAAAUUAAAGAGAUUAUAUCAUGUAAGACUUUAGAAAUGGAAGAGUAAAUUGUUUAAUUACAACCAAUUUGGCUUCAAGAGGAUUAGAUGUUUCAGAUGUUGAUGUAGUGGUAAUUAUAAAUAAUAGUAUUUAGAUUAAUUAUGAUUUUCCUGAAAAUAUUGAAGAUUAUAUUCAUAGAAUUGGAAGAACUGGUAGGGCUGGCAAAAAAGGAGAGGCAUUGAGCUUCAUUGAGCCAAGAGAUUUGGAUUACAAGUUAAAAGAUGAACUCAUUAAAGUUUUUAAAUAAUCCUCAUAGGAGAUUCCUUAACAAUUAUUGAAACUUAGGGUAUAUUGAUAAAAUUUUUUAUGUUGUCUAAUUCAUUUAUCAAUAUUGUUAAGCUCC